ACUGGAGAACAUCACAGCUCGUGACCACAAAGUCCCCUUUUAUGGGAUGCAUGACAUCAUGCUGCUGGAGCUAACUAACCCUACUCAGAUUCAACCUGUUCGACUUCCUAACUGUAGUAAUCCUCUCAAGAUAGGUGAUACAGUUGAGAUUGCAGGUCGUGCAGCCAAAACUCUGCGCCCUAAUAAAGAAAGAGAACCUGGUAUAGUAGAUGUUCUCCAAUGUGCAAAGACCACGAUUGUUGACCGUCAGGAUCUCAAAGACCGUUUGCAGAAGAACUACGAAGGGUUCGACGAGUUCUACGGGUAUCAACAUUGGCAAAGUUACCAACGUCCUGGAGUGGAUGCAAGCGUAGGUGACUCUGGUGGAGGAGUGGUGUUCAAUGGUAUGAUUUACGGUGUCAAUGCUUUCGUCGGUAAUGAUACCCAUGGCACUGUUGCACCAGCUGGAUUCAUGGACGUCUGUAAAUACAUGAAAUGGAUUAGUAAUACAAUCGGUAUUGCCUGACCCUGAGUGGGAUGAUAAGGGUGUGUUAUACUAUGAAAUGUCCUGUCAUUUAACAGGAAUUUCUCCUGCAUUAAGAAAAUUGUUGAGUUACUCUAAAUUUGCAAUUGAUAUAUUUACAAUUGAUUAAAUGUUAAACUGUUAUUUGUAAGAGAUUUAUAGUAUCUGAGUUACAAAUUACAGAUUCUUACUUUCAAACUUAUUCUGGUAAAAAAAAAAAAAAAUGUACAGUUUUAUAUACAGUUUUUACAAAUUUCCCCAUACUGUAUGUAAGCGUAACAGAUUUUGCAUGCUAUUAUACAGUGAUUGUAUUGGGAAAACUAUAAGGUGCCAAAUAUAAUAGUCUGCUUUUCUUUUCAAAAUACUGAUAGCUGUGAUAAACAUGACUUUUUAACAAGCUUGUGUCAGUUUAAAUAAAAUGAAGAUGACUCACAA